CUGUGUCUUGUCUUGCUGCUUUGUACGGUUUAAUACGGCACUGGUAAAUACAGCUGUAGUCGAGCUGAGAAAAAAAUGAAGUGUCUCGCGCACUAAACUGUCAGUUGCUUGGAAACCAAAGCGAAGCGUGGAGGUACCGCUGCUCGUUCCCGGAAGUGCGUGGCUCACAGAGCGGCCAUGGCGACGGACAGGAGAAUGGUGCAUUUGGUAAUGUUGUGGCUUUCUCCGAAAAAACUUUUCAUCCAGCUUAUUCUGCUUGUUGUCUUUGUAACGGUAGGAGCUACAGAGAUCUCCCCCUCAGGCGAGGCGUUCGGCGCCGGCCAGACAGCCUUCAAACCCGUGUCUGCCUCAGUUGCUAAGAAUAUAAGGUAUCUGUUAUACGAUGUUAACCCACCAGAGGGCUUCAACCUGCGGAGGGACGUGUUUAUCCGUAUGGCUUCCCUCAUGAAGAGCCUGCUGAAGACCGGCGACUGGGUCCUGGUGCUCCCUCCCUGGGGCCGCCUGUAUCACUGGCAGAGCCCCGAUAUCCACCAGAUACGGAUCCCCUGGGCGGAAUUCUUUGACGUUCCCAGCAUCAACAGGAACAUCCCUGUCAUCGAGUAUGAGCAGUUCCUUGCAGAGUCAGGCGGCCCCUUCAUUGAGCAAGUGUAUGUCCUGCAGAGCUAUGCAGAAGGAUGGACAGACGGAAAGUGGGAAGAGAAAGUUGAUGAGAGGCCCUGUAUGGAGCGUCUAAUGUACUCUCAUGACAAGCAAGGAUAUUUCAGGGGCUGGUUCUGGGGUUACGAGGAAACAAGGGGCUUGAAUGUUACCUGUCUGUCUGUUCAAGGACAUGCCUCUAUCCUGGCUCCAAUCCUGUUGGGAAACACCACAGCACGGUCAUUGAUGCUGGACCGAGCGGAAACAGUCCUCCAUGACCAUUAUGCGGGGAAGGAUUAUUGGGAUGCUCGUCGCAGCAUGGUGUUCGCAAAGCACCUGCGAAUGGUUGGGGAUGAGUUCAGAGCCAGAUACCUCAACUCCACUGAUGAGAGCGAUAAGACUCAUUACAAUGAGGACUGGACACAAAUGAAAUCGAAGCUCGGCAGUGCAAAAGGGGGGCCCUACCUUGGGGUCCACCUUCGUCGGAAAGACUUUAUCUGGGGUCAGAAGAAAGAUGUGCCCAGCCUAAAGGGAGCUGUCAAAAAAAUGCGCAGUAUUAUGAAGAAACACAAACUGGACAAGGUGUUUGUAGCUACUGAUGCGGCUGAGGAAGAGCUGGAGGAGCUGAAGAAGCUGCUUCCAGAGAUGGGGAGGUUUGAACCAACGUGGGAAGAACUGGAACUAUACAAAGAUGGAGGAGUUGCUAUUAUCGACCAGUGGAUCUGUGCCCAUGCCAGAUACUUUAUAGGGACCUCUGUGUCGACAUUCUCCUUUAGAAUUUAUGAGGAGCGUGAGAUCCUGGGAUUCGAUCCCAAAACUACCUACAACAGGUUCUGUGGUGAAAAGGAAACGGACUGCGAGCAGCCAACCCACUGGAAGAUUGAGUACUGAUUCAACAACUGGGACCUUUACUAAGUGGUGCUUUUAAAAGGUUAGGGUAUGACAUGUUACAGGAGAACAGGACUAUACCAUGUAGGCCCAUGGGAAUCCUGUGAAAACAGGGAAAAACAUUCUCCAUUACUAUUGGGUGGAAUGCUAGUUGUCUUUUCUCAGCUCAGAAGCAGUGUCAGUGGGGUCUAUCUUUACCCUAUGCACCAGACUGAAUGAGAAUCCUCUGAGCAGUUAGCCAUCCAGUCGGACGACUGCAGAGAAAACACUAACACAAAGCCCUAACCACUGAGCUAUCAGCUUAUCAUAGCAGCUUGUAAAACUUUCUGUUGAGAAUGCUGUAGUCAGGUGGAAUCUCUUUGCUCUCGACUAGUAUUCAGAAAUCUACGUAGCCUGCAGAAUACAAGGCGCUGUUCACUUUUAAUGUACUGUCUCUAUUUUAUUUUUGGUCAGAUCUGACAUUUUUUGCAGGUUGCAUUCCACAAGCCAAACACAUGUUCAGUGUUAUUUUUAGUCUGGUUGAAAUAAGGGACCACUAGUUCUUGCAACACUGAUUGUUUUAACUUUUAGUUUGCUGAUAUGUGGUUUGUUGUGGAGGUCUUGUCCUCCAAUAAACAACAUAGUUACAAAAUAGCACAUACUAUAGCUAUAGCCAAAAGUUUUGCAUCAUCUAGAAUUUUUGGAUUGAGACAUGAUUAGAAUGGAGAUUUUCAUCAAGCAGAAAAAAGGUAAAAUGCAUACAUGAAUACUGUAUUUACAUAUUUUCCAGUGGAUUGAUUUGGAACAGGGAUUAAACAUAGUUUGAAAGAUGACGUUUAAGGUCCUUUACCAGUGAAUAAGGACCUCGUAUUGACCAAUCAGAUUAAAGGAAAUCUCAGCUCUGUUUUCACAUUAAGAAUAUUAUCACAGACAGCCAAGGGAAUAAUGAUUAUGUCUUUUUACAAAAGUUUUUAAUUCAAGCAUCAGAAACACUGAGAAAACUCGUAAGGAGCUACGAAGAAGUUUAUUUUUUCUAGCUGUGUAACAUUAACAGACACACAACAGUGCCAGUUUCAUGUUAAUUUAAAGACUUAAUCUAUGCCAAUGUGCAAUGCAGUAUUACAAUGUGGAGAAACCAAAGAUUCCUUAGAUAUUUUUUGCAAAAUGAAAGUGUGGUAUAUUAAAGUUCUGAGUAUUGUUGAAUAAACGGGACAAUUGUUUUCUGUGUUACACAUGAAAAAGUGUGUCGUUCGGCACCCCUAUCCCUAACAUAUGCCUUUUACUGACCAAAACUUUCAAAUCUUGAUUUCUUGAUUUUUUUUUUUGUUUGUCCUUUACAAAUACAGUUGUACAUAUUGUACUGUUGCUGAAACCCAUCUGAAUUUUGCUUUAGAAGUAUAAGCACAAUCUUAAUAAUAUUAACCUAGCUGGUUCACUUUAAGUAACUGCCUUUCCUACUGCCUGUGCCACUGCUACAUGGAAAGCCUCACGAAGAAUCUGACAUGGCAGCUUCAUUGUUGUCAGUGUUCUCGAAACACUUUGACCUGGGAUCUCAGAUAGCUUACACUUUUGGUAACUGGCUGGUACGCAGCCACAUUUUAUGAUUUUUUCUCAAUUAAAUUUCAUCUUCAGCUGUUUCACUGCCAUGUUGUUUUAACCACUGGCCUUGACAAGGACACACACUCUCACUCUCAACUUUGGACAAACAGAAACUUAACAGAAAUAAAUAUGAUUUAAAAAAAAACUGCUUUCACUAAGGUGCUACAGACACAGUAAAGUAUAAAAAAACAAUACAAAGCUUUUUGUUUGUUUUACAGUAAAAACAUUGUAAUGUUUCUUACAGUCUCCGCAUGUAAGCUGAUGUUUAUGGUGUAGCUAUACCGUUUAAAAACAUCAUCAUAAUAAAGAUAUACAAAUCUGA